AUGCUCGUCGCGCAGCGUGUGCGACCGCUGCCAGUGCCCCCGAUGCGGUGGCCUGCAGCGCGCUCAAACAGGCAGCUGGCCAGGGACACCGACACCGCCGGCGCGGGCAGGGCGAGGACGAGGCUGCUGCGUUGUGCGGUGUCGCGGCGAAAUGGGCAUGGCGGAGGCCCUUCUUUGGGCAGUCUUCCAGAACCUUGGGCAGCUCGCCGUUGGAGAUCUGCGGCCGCUAUCCACCGAUUCAGUGGGCGGCUGACGUGCGGCUUUAGGCUCCCCCACGACGAGCAGGACGAGCAGGACGAGCCGGACGAGCCGGCGCAGGAGCAAGAGUCGCGCCACCACGCCGCAGUUUGGCCUCCGUUUGAGGCGUGCGUGUGGACGAAAGACGGCACCAACAGUCCGCAUGGUGCCCCAAGAACAGCCCAAACGCCGUCAGCUGGCCUCAGUUCGAGGCGUGGCCUGGUUGAAAAGACGGUAACAAUAGCCCAGUGGCGUCCAUCAAGACGACCCCGGACGCCUAUCCAUGCUACUCCUCCCAGCUACAAAGGUAUCCGUCGCGCCGACUGGCUAGAUCCAAGCAAAGUCAAACACCCAAGAGAAACAUGCUUCCCAUACGUGCGCCCACCGCCGGAUACUCAGCAGGCUUUGGCAUCUUCAUGCGCGGCCCUAAUCAUCACAGACUCCCUAGACGGUUGGCGAGUCAGCAUACACCGCCAGCGCUAUGUGCUUGCCCCGCGACUCAAUUUCUUCAACUCGUACAUCUGA